GUUGCAAGAAUCGAAGGAGCGAUUGAUCUGCGAGUACGUUCUUGUAAUUUGUCGCGAAAUUCCUAAUAUUUUAGCAACGACAUAACUGUAGUGUUAAAAUUGUAAUAGCAAAUACGAUAUAGUUAUUAUAAUGGCAGACAAGAAAGUGACACCCCCCCUUGGCGCCUACCCGCAACCUCAGCCGCCUCAAGGGCCGUUCUUACCCGCGCCUCCCCAUCAGGCCGCGCCUCAGUAUGGAGUGGCAGGCGGCUCGCCUUAUGGAGUAGCAUUUGGGGGCGCUGGAGCGGGGGCUGGUGGAGUGUACGCUCCACCCCCCUACGACCAGUUGCAACACCAUCAAGCUAUACCGGCGCUUAGUCAGCAGUUGCCUAUGUACAGCCCAGCAGCGGCAAUGUACGCAGCGGCGGCCGGCUAUCCGGGGUAUAUCGGCUACCCUGUGCAGUACUACCCGUAUUAUCCUACCGCCGUGCAGCCCUCCAUACAGCCCCUGCGCCCCACUAUCAUGAUCCCGAACGGGUUUGAAGCGGGCGGUCGGUUCGAGGGUCUCGCGCAGACCCUGCUGCCGCCCGCGCCGCCCGGCGUGCCGCCCUCGCCCGCCCACCUCGCCGCCAUACAGCCGCACCAAGUGCUGUGGCGUUAACUGUGGCCGCGUCGCUCUAGCGGCCUUGAUAACAUUGACCGACGUACACAACCCCUAACAUCGUCUUCAUAUAAGAACAAGUUAUAACAUGUAACAAGCAAUUAUCGUCUAUAUCCGACUUUCAAAACAAUAAAUAACAAUUCCCUAAAAAAUCGCAGUGAAAUGAUAUAAACUAUCAAAUUAAAUAAAUCAUUAUACAUAUAGUUUAAUCGUUUCUGUAACGAUUUUAGAAAUAAACGAAUGUUUUUUUUUAUUAUUUAAAUGAAGUAUGUAUGUCUCAACAUUAUAUGAAUGUGUGUAACUAUGAUAUAUGAAUUAAUAAAUGAAGGCGUUAAUAGUGUUUCGUCGGUGGAUAUCAGCUUAGCCGGUUAUUAUUGACUGUGAUGUGUUAAAUAUAAUGUUCGCCACUUGUUUAUAUAAAGCUCUCUAUUAUAUCGUGCCUUUGAAAAGUAAUAAACGAAAAAAAUAUCUUGCCCACGUCAAA